GGAGAACGUUCAGACAUGUCGAAGAGCGUCCUGCGGCUGUGAUUGGCUACUCAGAACGCCGCUGGAUACUUCCUGGAAUGUCUGCAACCCAACGUUCCAUCAGAUAACGUAGUGGAAGCCAGACGCCGCUCAAUAUGACGACUGAAACCUUUGUAAAGGACAUUAAACCCGGCUUGAAAAACCUGAACCUUAUUUUUAUUGUACUGGAAACAGGUCGGGUGACCAAGACAAAGGACGGCCACGAGGUGCGGACGUGCAAAGUGGCCGACAAAACCGGCAGCAUCAACAUCUCGGUGUGGGACGACGUAGGGAACCUCAUUCAGCCGGGAGACAUCAUCCGAUUGACCAAAGGCUACGCGUCCAUUUUCAAAGGCUGCCUGACCCUCUACACGGGCCGCGGAGGAGACCUGCAGAAAAUCGGAGAGUUCUGCAUGAUUUACUCUGAGGUCCCGAACUUUAGCGAACCCAACCCGGAGUACGUGACCCAGCAGUCCCAGACCAAAGCCGCCCAGAACGACAACGCGACCCCUGCUGCUUCCCAGACCACCCCGGGCCCCGCCGCUUCGUCCCCAGCUGCCGAGAGCCAGAACGGCAACGGGCUGAGUGCCCCAGGCCCCGGCGCCCCCCCCCACCCGCCAAACGUCCCGUCCCACCCCACCAGCGGCCGCAUCACCAGGAGCCAGCCAAAUCACCAGGGCGCGGGCUCGGCCGGGUCCAGCUCGUCCUCCAGCCCCAUCAGCAACGGCAAAGAGACCCGGCGAAGCAGCAAGAGAUAACACCGUGGGGUUGGGCCCCGCCCCCCAGCUCCGUGCCGGCUCACCCCAGGCCCCACUGCCCAGGCAGGAGGGCGGAUGAGGAGCGGGGGAGAGACCGUGGCCGGCUGACGCUCCAGGCUAGAUCAGAGACAGUGAAACCA